AUGACAGGACAACUGUCCGGGAAUGAUAAAUACGCGACAGCCCAUGUCAGUAUUGUUGCUUGAUUUUAAAAGCUCUAAAUACAAGUUCAGAGCGAUAGAGAAUCAAUAAGCACCGUUCAAGGGAUGAUGGGCGUCUGGGUACCUGGCUCAAGUCCAAACCGCGAACUUUCCAUUCAUCCAAGGUUUACCUUUGUUUAAAUUUGUCCUGUUUAAGAUUUUCAAUUUGAGAUGGGUGAUCUUCCACUCAAAAACGGCCUACAAACAGCCUCUCUUCACAAAAAUUCAGUUGAAAAAUCCGGAUCCUUUCACAAUCGCGUUUGCCUUAAAAGCGAGAGUUGGUCAUCUUCAAAAGUCAACCUAUGAAAUUUAUUUACAGCAAAAAAUUUUCAAAAUUUCCCACAAUCAUGGCAUCCUGAAACCUGGGGAGGAGAGAGCUAUAAAGGUCGGGUAAAAAGUUUUUUUUAGAUUUUUUAUAGCCGUAAGAAGAUGAAAUGACUCAAGUUUCGAGUGUCUAUGGUUAAACAUUGUUAAUUUUUUUUUAUCGAAGCGGUAUUUUGAAGGAAUAUUACUCCGCUAAAAAUGGCCCUACAGGAACCUGAGACGACUCAAAAUUCCAAGAAAAUCGUAAAUUAAGCUCGGUCUAUUCCGAUUUUGAACUCCGAGUGUUACUUCAAGCUCGGGGCCAUUUUUUCCGAAGCGUACUGUAUGUGAAAGUCCGCAGUGGCGUGUAUACUGUGCGUAUCGGUCCAUCUCCUUUUUCUUGUUUUUCUAACUUGGCAAUGGAUCACAACUUCAGGAAAUCCUUGAAUUAGACUAACUAUAAAAACGCGGAGAUGGACCCCUCACAAUGUGCAAACACGCAAAAUGUAAAAAUGCGGACUUCCAACUACAGUACUCCUCGCAGAAGGAAAAAUCGCUCGUGUCAAAGUACCUAUUUUUUUUUUCUUUUGACUUCAAACUCUUUUUUUUUGGACAAUGUAUAUUUCAAAAUAAUAGUUUCAGCUCUUCCUCCUGGGUUCAGAAGACUGGCCACUCGGAACGAACGAAUACGUCCAGCAGAAAAUUCGCAUCGCCGUGGAAAAUAUCCGAGUUCCCGAGAAUAUUACUCCAAGUUGUAGCUUGGUUCGUUUGGAGUCAUUUUGGCUUUUGGAAAAUCAAAUUCGCUCUAAGGAACAAUAAGAUACAUUUUGUUUUUGUAUAGUCUGUUCAGAUUUUCAAUGUUCAAGUGCAAUGACGUCAUCCAAAAACACUCUGUGGAUGGCUCGCUCUCUGAUUGGUUUAUCGCACCAUUAGGGGCGGAGCUUGAGCGACGACUUGACAUUCAAAACCUGAACAGACUAUAUUGAUAAAUUUUAGUUCAUUAUUUCCAGGAAGGAAGCCGAAUCGCCAAGGAAGUUUUUCGCCGUUCUGCGAACGAGUUUCCAUUGGAGCGAAUGUACACUAAGGUUUUGCUUUGAAUUUAUCAUUUUUGUACAUUCCUACUUUCAGAUCAAUGUCCUCUUGGAGAAAUUCGAAGGAGAUGCUUGA